AUGGAUCUCGCUGACGAUGAGGCCCCGCCGCCGCCGCGCGCCGCCAUCCGGUCCCGGCCGUCGAGCUGGAGCAGCAGCGGGAGCAGCGGCGGCGUCGAGUACACGAGCCUCCGGGACGUGCUCGCCGAGGCCGGGCCCGGGAGCGGCGGCGGCAGCUUCGGCGACGCCGCCGCGCCCGCGAUCGACUUCGACGCGUCCAACAUCAACAUCCGCAACCAGCUGCUGAAGCACGCCGCGUCGGCGUACCUCCAGUCGGCGAUCGUCGUCCCGCAGCGGGACCAGGGGUGCCUCAGCAGGCUGUGGAGGAGGAUGCUCCACCGCCGGCGGUGCCGCAUCCUUCUGCGGCCGUGCCCGGGGUGCUGCGGCGCCGGGGACCCGCCGUGCCUCUGCGCGGGCUCGGCGCGCCGGCUCGUCGCCUUCCUAUCCGGCUGCGUCGCUCGCAUGUGGACGUAUCAAAGCGCGUCACCGGCUCGCCAUUGAUUGGAGGUGAGGUGCGUGCUGGAUUUGUACCUGAAAGAUACGAUUGCAUCGAUGGAUUGAUAAGACGAUUUUGAGGAGGUGAUGUCAUCACGUGUAUGUGUUCAUCAUCUCGAUGAUAGAUUGGGCUGCAAUCUGUUCUUGAUCAAUGAUAAGGGCUGAUUAGCAUCGGGGGGGAAUUAUAGGAAUCGAUUGAUUUUUUU